CCAAGAUGUAGAAGGAGAGCCACCCGAAAACGAGGAACAACCUCAAGAGGAGGAAACGCCAAUGCCGAGGGCAUGGAGGACUUUAAAGAACCAUCCUCUUGACAAGGUAAUCGGUGACAUCAACCGAAAGGAUGAGGACGGAUCGUUGAUUUCAAACGUCAACGGGGUGGACAUUUAUUUGAAUGAAGAGAACAUUCAAAUCCUCACCGGGCUUCGUCGGGACGGACAGGAUCUCGGGCUCUACACCGGAGAAGAGGGGGCGCGGUUCAAUGAGACCGCUCUCUUGGAGGAAGUGGGCAUCCGUCACUUCGUACCCACUCCCCAACAGCGGCGCCCUACGAUUUCUUCCAUGAGUCCCGUGUACCGCUUCAUAUUCUAUGUGUUGACACGGAUCCUCAAGCCAAGGAAGUUCAACCACACCAAUCUCUCCCAAGAAGACACGAAGACGAUCCAUGCGAUGAUUCACAACGCCAAUCUCAAUUGGUGUAAAUUUGUGAUGACUCACAUGUUCACGGCCACCUCUGACAAUCGGCCGCUCCCCUACGCCCUCUUUGUCAUGGCUAUUCUUGAAGAAUACAACAUCAAAACUGAUGUUGGGCCAGAGGUAAAGGGGACGAAGCAUUGGGAGAUUGAUGAGUCUUCUUUCCACUCGGGCACCGACGAGACUCCGUUUCGACAGCCUCGUCCACGCCGACAACCGAGAACCACUGCCUCAGCCACCUCCACAUCAACCAAUCCUUCUCUAGCCGAGCAAAUGGCAGCCUUAACCGCCACUCUCUCUCGGAUCGACACCACCGUCUCCAAAACGGCGCACAACGUCAAUACCUUGAGCCGUGAACUUCAUGGGUAUUUUGACUUUGUCAACUACCCGUACGCUCAAAUGGUCCCUUACGUUCCUCCACUGAAUUUCGGAGGUGAACAAAGUGGGACUCAAAACGUUGGAAGAGAAGACGAGGUGGAUGAUGAUGAUGAUGAUGAUGAUGAUGAUGAUGAUGAUGGCGAUGAAGAAGAAGAAGAAGAAGACAUUGACGAAGAACAACUUCUCAAUGAUCUUUCCCCGGAUUUCUAGAGCUCUAGCUCUACUUUCUUCUCUUCCUUACUUUAUAAUUUUUAAUGCUUUCGCUAUGCACUCCGCCUUUUCCCUUAAUCAAUUAAUAAAAAUCUUUAUGAUUU